AUGUCAGACUCCUAUGAUUCAGACCACCCACCUACCUUUCUUUCUCUACCCUCAGAGGUGCGCUGCAUGAUCUAUAAGGAAGUCUUUGCGGGGGCAACGAUCGUCCUACCGGCCGCGAAUGUGCCGCGCCGUUCACGACGCCUGAAUGGCAAGCUCAUAGCCCUUCUUCAAGUUUGCCGCGUAUGUCAUCUGGAGGCAACUCCGAUUCUGUACUCGAAUGCUGUAAUGAAAGUGGCAGGUCCUUUGGCGGCUGGAACUCUAGAACGAGGACUGCGAAACGAGCAUUUUCAUCGAAUUAGGACGAUCGUGGCAAGCACUUCAGCUCUGGAUGGGAAACAGAUGGGGCGGCAACUGAAAGAAUUUCGUGCUUUGAGGAAGAUGACUUUCCAGCUUGGUUCGUACCCUACACUUUCUGGAAACGCGGACGGUCAGGCAAUUCAACUAGUUGUCAGCGCAGAGAUGUCUAAGUUAAGAGUCUCACAAAUGUACUUGUGGAUCGAGUGGCUAGUGCGCAGUGGUAUUUCUGUACACGUCGCCUUCAAAAUUUGGCACUGGACCAAACCUCGUACUUCGGUCCAUUAUAUUGACUACAACAUUAACGACGACGUGACUGUGAUCUCUGCCGAUGAUCCAUUCGAGUAG